AUGAGCGAUGCUCGCGAAAUCGCCUUCCGAAUUGCCCUGGACAUACCCAACCAAGGUGGGAAACCACAAGAUUAUCUCAAAACUAUUGAGGUACAGCAGCUUUGGUCACAAAUUGUAUACAAGAAGCCACUGGGCAGAAAAGUGACGCUUUCCCCUAUCGAGGUCGCGAAAGCUUUUGCUGCGCCCUCUUUGCACGACGCACUUUCGAACACGGACAUCAAGGCACUCCUGAAGACAACAGGGCAUCGGCGACUUCGAUAUGGUGCGGUUUGGGAUGACAUCGAGGUUGAUGAGCAUUCAGAGGCUACGUUGCAUUUUGCGAGAAAUGGGAGAUGUGAAAGGCCACAUGAAGGGCAGAUCUUGCGAUAA